GGAGGUGGAACUCGGGUGCGCGGAGUUAGCUAGUGAGCUUGUUCCAGGACCCGUCACUCUGAGGCCUCGUGUGUGGAUCCUUAAGGUUUAGAAAGUGAGGACUGGCAAACGACUCUGUCCCCGGUGGAAUAUCUCUGCAGCAUAGCAGAUAAGAUGCUGUUCUGGUCAGUGGUCUUGACCUUAGGCGUUUGUGCGGUGUCACAUACCUCGGGCACGCUUUCCGGAAAGAAGACCGAGCCGGUGGUGGUGAGGACACCGGAAGACCGCUUCUCGGACCUGGCCCGUCUGGGGUACCCGUGGGAACCCAAAUAUGCUUAUCAGAAUGUCUACGAGGAACUGCCGCCUCUCAGAGUUCACUAUAUCGAUGAAGGUCCACACGAUGCCCCUGAAACCCUACUCCUGCUGCAUGGUACCCCAGCAUGGUCCUUCCUCUACCGAAGUAUGAUCCCUGCUUUCCUGAAGGCCGGAUACCGAGUGGUGGCCGUUGACAACAUCGGGUUUGGGCGGUCGGACAAACUGACCAAUCCGGAUUUGUACACUCACGAGCUCCAUGUGAAAACUGUCACUGGUUUAGUCCGUGCACUGGACCUAAAGGGAGUGACGUUGGUCGCGCAAGACCUCGGGGGACCCACGGGCUUGGGCGCCGUUGCGCGCGACCCUUGGCGCUACCGCCGGCUGGCACUGCUGAACACAUGGCUGCCUCAGGGCGACAUCCUCUCAUCCACUUCCAACAUCCUCCAGCAUAUUCCAUACCUGUCUUGGAGGACAGUAACGAGCGUUUUAGGGCGCCACGUACCCGUUAAGACUGUGUUUACCGUGGCAUCGGAUGCCCCGAAAUCUGCCGUCCACAAAGGGUACGAAGCCCCGUUCCCGUCAGCUCUGUACAAAGCAGGACCGGCCAAGUGGCCCCUGAUCAUUCCAUUGUCAACAGACGAUCCGGUGGCGGUAGAAAAUCAGCGCGUGGCUGCCGCCUUGAAGGAGUGGGAGGGUCCCGUUUUGAUAGCCUAUAGCGACAGGGAGGUCUUCACGGUGCCCGGACGGAAGCUCUUCGAAAACCUCUUCCCCUACGCCUGCACCUCCACCAUCAGCGAGGCCGGGCACUUCCUCCAAGAGGAUCAGGGGCCAGCUGUGGCCAGUCUCAUCUUGACAUUCAUGAAGGAUGGAUGUCACUGAGAGACUUCGUUGCCUGCAGUAUUGCUCUACCUCUUUCAUGUACAAAGCAAAGCCCAACAGACUAAGUGACUAAAUUUAAGAUUUUUGUCUUUAGGAUAUUGUAAAUAAGUAGUCAUUAUUAUGGAGGUUGAAAUGUUUGAUGAAGCGCCAAUUUGUAUAGAAUAAACAGAUGAAAU